AUGUGGAGACCAGCAGCCCGGACGACGGGAACUAACGAUGUACCUAUAGGUAACAAAAGACGAUUUGGCUUACCCGAAGAAGCUCCUCCCCCUUCCAACCCUCCAUCACACGCCCCACGACCCCCCGCCUCCGAUAUACAAUUCUUCAACGGUCGUCAAGACCGAGAACGUUCCGACCGAGAUGAUUACGGACGAAGGGACGAUUAUGAUGAUAGAAGGAGGGAUGAUUACAGACGUGAUGACAGGGAUAGAUAUGGCGGUAGUGGUGGAGGAGACAGAGAUAGAUAUGGAGGUGAUGACAGGAGAGGCCGAUAUGACGAGUCUGAAAGGGGAAGAGAAAGGGAUGCGGCUGGAGAAGAGGGCCCAAGAAAGAGACGAUCAAGAUGGGGAGAUGCCAAAGUCGAUGUACCCGGUCUUCCAGUAGCCAUCACCGGUAAGGUCUCUCAAGCCGAAUUGGACAACUAUGCUAUCCACGUUCGACUGGAGGAGAUCAACCGAAAAUUACGUACUGGCGAUGUAGUACCUCCUGAAGGACAACGAUCACCUUCGCCUCCACCCUCAUACGACGCUUACGGUCGAAGGACUAACACUCGUGAGAUCCGAUACCGAAAGAAGUUGGAGGAUGAAAAAGCAAGAUUGGUAGAUAGAGCUAUGAAAUCCGAUCCCAACUUCAGGCCGCCAGCGGAGAUGCAAAACAGACGAGGUGGCGGUAAGCCAAGUGAUAAAGUCUAUAUCCCAGUGAAAGAAUUCCCAGAAAUCAACUUCUUCGGUUUACUCGUCGGUCCUCGUGGUAAUUCCCUUAAGAGAAUGGAAAGAGAAAGUGGUGCCAAGAUCAGUAUUAGAGGUAAAGGAAGUGUGAAAGAAGGUAAAGGUAGACCAGGUGAUUUCCCAGAAGAUGAGCAAGAUGAAUUGCAUUGUCUUAUCACUGCGGAUACCGAAGACAAGGUAAAGGGAUGUGUAGCAUUGAUUAACAGGGUCAUUGAAACUGCCGCUUCUACACCCGAAGGUCAGAACGAUCACAAACGAAACCAGCUCCGAGAACUUGCUUCGCUUAACGGUACUCUUCGAGACGAUGAGAACCAGCUUUGUCAGAAUUGUGGUGAGAAAGGUCAUCGAAGAUGGGAAUGUCCUCAACAAAGAGUGUACAGCGCCAAUGUCAUCUGUAGAUUAUGCGGUGGUGCAGGACACAUGGCGAGAGAUUGUAGAGGACGGGGGGAUCCCAACCUGGCUCAGAACAAACAGACCGCUUUCGACUCUGAAUAUACCGCUCUUAUGGCCGAACUCGGUGAAGGUGGAAGUGGAGGGGCUGCUUCCGGUAGACCAGCUGGCGCUAUCGGUGCUGCACCGCCUGCGCAAGAUAGAGUACCUCCUUGGCGAGUCCCCGAGAAUUGGAUCAGUCACGGUCCAGGAGGUCCUCGUGGUCCCCCUGGUGGUGGUGGAUAUGGUGGUCCUCCUCAACAAGGAUAUCAACAACAGGGAUACGGUCAAGGUGGUGCAGGAUACGGAUACGGUGGUGGAUAUGGUGGUCAGGAUAAUGGUUACGGCCAAGGCGCUCCUGCAGGUGGUGCUGAUCCUUACGCUGCCUACUACGCCUCAAUGGGCCAACAAGCUCCUACAGCUGCUUAA